GCCAUGGGGGCUGUCGAGUCGACACCUGCACAGGCGGCGAUCUCCGGCCUCGCGCUAUGGAAGGCCGCGACUGCUUCGGACGGGAACAAGGUCCGCGCCAUCACAGAUCAUGUGGACGCAGCACAGGUCAUCAACUGGGUGCAUCCUGACGAGCACACAACACCACUUAUGGCUGCCGCCGCCGUUGGCAAGCUGUCGAUCGUGACCCUGCUCGUGGAUCGUGGCGCCGCGUUGGACCUGCGCGAGGCAGGACAAGGCAACUCGGCACUGCACAUCGCUGCGUCCAAGAACAAAGUGAGCGUGCUGGAAAAGCUCAUAUCUGCGGGGUGCGAUCCCCAUUUGUACAACAAGGACGGGUUGACGGCGUUGGACCUGGCGCGAUUCCGCGGCCACCGCGAAGCCACCAACGUGUUUGCCCGCCAUCUUAUGCAAGCCAAAGGCUGGUUGUACAUGAAAAAGGGUCGGUCCUUGUUUCUGUCGUGGUCCAAGCGAUGGUGCGUCAUUUACGAAUGCUCCCAGGACCAUUCGCGCAUGGAGCUCGGCUUGUUCCACCACCCCGACGACGUCAAGCCGUCGAAAGUGAUCUUCCUCACAUCGUCCGAGAACGCGACGAGUCCGCGAGCGUCGUCGCGUCAUCGAUCUAAGCACUCGUUCUCGUUCACAUCCACCACGACGUACCAAAAGUACUCUGGCAAAGAAACCUUCUCGAGAAGCCUAAACGUGCGCAAAGCACGGCACAUACCUGUGUACAACGCCAGUGGAUUUCGAUUCGCCACAGAAACGGUGGAAGGACGAGACAAGUGGAUCCAAUUGCUGGGGCCGUUGGCGUUUUCGAACAACGUGCCGAUGUCACCUCCAAUGAACCAGAGACAGUCGCAACUCGCGCACGAAGACGAACCUGUGAUUGAGCCCACGACGGAGCCGACGUCGUGGCAGGACCCGCGGUUUAGCACGACGUCGUCGCAAGGGGGGUUCCGUCAGUAUGACAACAACAACCACGGAAGCACCUCGAAUAAUAUGACGCCGUCGGCACCACCCAUGGAAGACAGCAACAUGGCCAAGAUGGACAUGAACGAAUGCGUGAUUUGCAUGGACAUGCCGCGCACCGCCGUGUGCGUGCCGUGUGGUCACUUGGCAGGAUGCUACAAUUGCCUCCUCGUCGUGCAGAAGAAGAGCGGAUGCCCCAUAUGCCGAAGCGCCAUUGCCGCCGUCGUCCGCGUGUAUACGUGUUAAGCUUUCAAUACAAAUACAUGUAUACCUCUCGA